CCCUCGUCUCAUCGCAAACUCUUGUGCACCCUCUGGUGCUUGCUAGUCUCCCAAACUUCUUUGUGUAGAGCCUGCCUUGCAGAUUGUCUUCCUUGUCUGUGUGGUUGCUCAUUAUUCAGAGACAGACGGAUCUCAGGUCAUCUGCAGCUGCAGCAAAGGAGAAGCAGGAAAGAUGGCGAUCAUCCAUUAGACCGACCGGGGCGCACGCAUGAAAUACGAGGACAACUUUUGGGAGGAUAGCUCGAGGAGAAGAUUGAACCAGUUUCCCUGAUUUUCCAGGGAGUUCUCGCCUUUUUCAGUGAUGGAGGUAUUGCAGUGUGACAGCUGUGACUUCCGUGCCGAAUCAUACGAUGACUUGAAGACCCACAUUCAGGAAGUGCACACUGCUUUCCUCCAGCCCUCAGAUGCAGAUGAUUCUGACUCUCUGAGAGAUGAGGAUGAGGAUGAGGAAGAAGAAGUACAAAAUGAGGAUAAGGAGGACAAGGAUUAUGGGACUGCUAAUGCUGGAACAAGCCCCAACUCUGCUGAUGGCCCCAAUCAUACUUCACAAAAACAGACUGCUGAAACCCAUCUUCCGUUUUACCAAUGCAAGUUCUGCAUCCGUUACUUUAGAUCAAAGUCACUCCUAAGAAACCACACCAAAAAGGUGCAUAAUGUCACAGAGGACGAUUCAGAUGCGAGUGUCUCUUCGGAGACCUCCAAGCAGCCCAGCCACACUGUAGUAAUGCACAAUGAUCACUCAAAAGUGUUCUCCUGUCAGUAUUGCGCAUACACGUCUCCCCGCAAAGCAAGGAUACUGAAACACCAACAGAUGUACCAUAACAAAGUUCCUUCUGAUAGCGUUGGUGAUGCUCCAGAGAACAUUGAGAGUGAGGAGGAAUCUGAUGCAGCAAGCCUGCUUGUGAAGGGAAUAUUUCUCUGCGAAUGGUGUGACUUUCAGACUGACCAGAAAGACAGAUGGACUAAUCAUAUGGUAAAUGAGCACAGUGAUAAGGUCAAUAUCCUUUCUAGCCCUGAAAAACUAGAUGAGGAGGCAAGUGAAAGCUCACCCAAAGCAGAUUCCCCUGCAUCUUCCCAAAGCCCAACUAGAACAAAGGCGAUUUUUCCUGAAAAGGAAGAUUUGGCAGAUGAAACAUCAGAGAACUGCUUGGAAAAGUUUGUCACAGAAAUUUCUUCCAUACACUAUGCCCAGAUCAAUGCAGUUACACCCAACAACACAGGUUCUUCAAUUUUAUCAAAGAGGUUUGUCUCAUGUGAUGUUCCUAACAGUGUUACAGAUAUGGAUGUUGCUGCAGUCAAUGAGGAUGACUCAAGGAGCAGCUUAGAGGAUGAUGACGACGACGAAGAAUUGGGUGAUAUAGAUGACCCCAGUUAUACUGGGACCCUGUCUGCUGAUGCAAAGCAGCUACUAACUGAUGUUGAUAACAAAUUACUGGAAACUAAAGGAAUACCCUUCAGAAGGUACAUGAACCGGUUUCAGUGCCCCUUCUGCUCCUUUCUUACCAUGCACAGAAGGAGCAUCUCCCGCCACAUUGAAAACAUUCACCUCUCUGGCAAAACCACAGUAUAUAAAUGUGAUGAAUGCCCAUUCAUUUGCACCAGCCCUCUGAAACUGGGAACGCACAAGCAGAGCCACAACCCCACAGAUUUAGACAUGCUGGAUCUGACAGGUGAUAGUCCAGAACCUCAGAAUGACAUUGCCACAGAGCCCGUUAAUGGAGGAAACAUUAGCUCUAAGGUAAAUGGAAAAAAGACCACCAGCACAUCGAACGACCAACAGCACCCUCACCGCUGCACACUCUGCAGUUUCUCUACUACCACGCUGAAAGGGCUGAGGGUCCACCAGCAGCACAAGCAUUCCUACUGUGAUGACCUAGAUUCUACUGUCUUUGAAAGCCAGCUGACUGACCAGCCAGAUUCUGAAGUGGAAGCUUCUCCAGUCUUUCUACAAAAAACCCAGACACCUAUUUUAGGACUUGCCACCAAAAAACCCUUAGUUAUGGGGAAACGAGCCAGAAAGUCUAUUAAUGACUUGCCUUUGGAUUUGUCCUCAGUCAAAAAGAGAACUCGAAUUGAUGAAAUAGCCAGUAACCUUCAAAGCAAGAUAAGCCAAAGCCAGCAGGACAUGAUUAUAAAUCUGGAUGACAUAGAUGAUGAAGAUGCUUUAGAAACUGGUGAUGAGAGUAGAAACCAUGACAAAAAUCCCAUCUUUGCUUAUAACACACAGCAGCCUUAUAGAGAUUCAGCAAUCUGUCAUGAAGGCAGGAUUGGGAAAAGAAAAAGCAAUCCUAAGUCAAAGCACAGGAGCAUUCCUAUAUCCCUUACUCUCUCAGACGAUAGUGAAAAUAUCUCGGCCGAUAUCAGUGACAGUAUAGCCCAGGAGAACAUGGACUAUUCAGAUGAUCCUGGAAUGACCCGUUUCUACUGUAAACACUGUGAUUACCACAAUAAAUCUGCUAGAAGCGUCAGCACCCACUACCAGAGGAUGCAUCCCUACAUUAAGUUCAGCUUUAAGUACAUUCUGGACCCAGAAGACCAAAGUGCAGUCUUUCGCUGUUUGGAAUGCUACAUUGAGUACACAAAUUACAACGAUUUGCACCAACACUACAUGGAUCACCAUCCUGAAGCAAGUAACGUGCUCAACUUCAACCAACCACAUUUGCUAUACAUGUGCCGCUUUUGCUCAUACACGAGCCCCAACGUCAGGAGCCUGAUGCCUCAUUACCAAAGAAUGCAUCCCACCGUGAAGAUUAAUAAUGCCAUGAUCUUCUCUAGCUAUAUAGUAGAACAGACUCAUAAAACCAGUGAAUCCCAAACUCUGAGGGAAAUACUAAAUUCUGGCCCUAAGAAUUUUUCCCCGUCCAGUUCGAUGGCAAGAUCCUCCUCAAGUCCGGUGCAAAAAGCUGUCCCGAAGUCCCCUGAAACUAGUGCAGAAGCCGAAUCUUUCAAAGAAACUGUGAGUGGUAAUGUGGUUGUGUAUGACUGUGAUGUGUGUUCUUUUGCUAGCCCCAACAUGCACUCAGUGUUGGUCCACUACCAGAAGAAACAUCCGGAGCAGAAGGCGUCUUAUUUUCGCAUACAGAAAUCAAUGAAAGUAAUUUCAGUGGAUCAGUCACAGCCUGCAGCCAACUCUUCCUUCAGUCCUGGCAUGUCAACUUCCACUCCAAAACAAUCAAAUGUAGCAGCAUAUGGAUCAGAAGAAGACAUGUACUACUGUAAACAUUGUGUUUACAGCAAUAGAUCUGUUGUUGGUGUAUUGGUCCAUUAUCAAAAAAGACACCCAGAAGUGAAAGUGACAGCUAAAUAUAUCAAACAUGGUCCUCCCACUCCUGGCUUGAUGAAAUUAAUGGAUGAACUGCAAAUUGCAACUCCCAAACAGUUUUUGAAGCAGUUUCAAAACAACGGUCACGAUGGCUCCAAAAACUCAAGUCUUAAACUAGGGGGUGGUGAAAAAGGAGAGGACGAGCUCUUUUUUUGUCAACAAUGUGAUUAUGGCAACCGCACUGUAAAAGGAGUUCUCAUUCACUACCAGAAAAAGCACAGAGAAACCAAGGCCAAUGCUGACCUUGUGCGUCGUCACACUGCAGUUGUUCGGAGUCAGCGUGAACACGCACAGAUGGUCCAGUCAGGCGGUGUUUCAUCUGCAGCGAUCUCGGCUCCUCCAGACUCUGAAAAUGCUAUGCCUUUGCGUUCCCUCAAAUGUAGACACUGUUCCUUUACAACCCCUUAUGUCUAUGCUCUAAAGAAGCAUCUAAAGAAAGAACACCCUACUGUGAAAGCCACAGCCAUGACCAUUUUACACUGGGCCUAUCAAGAUGGCAUCCUGGAGGCAGGCUAUCAUUGUGAGUGGUGCAUUUACUCUCAUUCUGAUCCCCAGGGUCUGUUGCUUCACUACCAAAGACGCCACCCUGAGCAUAAUGUUGAUUAUGCAUAUAUGGCCAGCAAGCUAUGGGCAGGCCCUGAAACCACCCAACAGGGUGGGAAUAUGGAACCUAAACAUUACAAAUGUAAAGACUGUGCCUUUGAGGCUUGCACCAUAUGGGACAUUACUAGUCACUAUCAGGCUGUCCACCCUUGGGCCAUUAAAGAGGAUGAAUCUGUACUUUUAGAUAUCAUCAAAGAAAACGGCUCAGUUGAAAGUAUCCAACAGCAGAUUGCCAAUGAACACGCAUCCCUCAAUUGCCAGCCUGAUGAUGGAGCACUAGUCAUUUCUACCCCACCUCAAGAAAGCAAUCUUCACUCUUCUCACCCACGCCUUUCCAUUUCUAAUAAUCCUUAUCAGUGCACUGUAUGUCUGUCAGAGUACAACAGUCUUCAUGGUCUCCUCACUCACUAUGGCAAGAAGCACCCAGGAAUGAAAGUAAAAGCUGCAGAUUUUGCACAGGAGGCGGACAUCAAUCCUAGCUCUGUGUACAAGUGUCGUCACUGUCCAUAUGUGAACUCCCGCAUUCACGGAGUCCUAACUCACUAUCAGAAGCGACACCCGCUAGUGAAAGUCACUGCAGAAGACUUUGCAGAUGACGUAGAGCAAAUUUCUGAGUUGCAUGAAGGAGAUGACAAGUUCAAAACUCAAAGACAGGGAUAUGGUGCGUACAGAUGCAAAAUGUGCCCGUACACACAUGGGACAAUGGAGAAACUUAAAGUCCAUUAUGAGAAAUAUCACAAUCAGUCUGCUUCUGAUAUGUUCUUGCCAUCUCUGACAAUUUUUUCUUCCAGUAAGGAAACAGAGCCAGUAGCUGAAUGCAGUGCUAGUAAUAUGUCAAAUAUAGCAAAAGUCCAGGAGGUGAGUGAACUGGACUAUGCCCUUGCUCAGUUACCCAUCAAUAAGACAGAGAAACAUGCUGUGUUCAAGUGUCAGCUUUGCAAGUAUUUCUGCUCCACGAGGAAAGGCAUUGCUCGCCACUACCGUAUCAAGCACAAUAAUGUGCGCGCUCAGCCAGAAGGUAAAAAUAACGUUUUUAAAUGUGCCCUAUGUGCUUACACAAAUCCAAUUCGCAAAGGCCUGGCAGCUCACUACCAGAAGCGACAUGACAUUGAUGCCUAUUACACGCACUGUCUGGCUGCCUCCAAGACUAUAUGUGAAAAGCCCAACAAAGUUCUAGCACUGCCACCACUGGAAGGGGGGUGUUCAGAAAUGAGCGAAGACCUACGUUUGGCUGUGGAACGACGGCGGUGUAAUCUUUGCGGCUUCCAGGCUUUCAGCAGGAAGAGCAUUGUCUCACACUACAUUAAACGCCACCCUGGUGUCUUCCCUAAGAAGCAACACUCUAGCAAACUUGGUCGUUACUUCACCGUUAUAUAUGCCAAAGAGCCAGAGAAUGCCAGCGCUUUGGAGGAGGAAGACAACGAAGCGAUGGAGGUUUCGCUUGAACCAGAGCAAGACAGUGACUCUGACUGGCUGCCAUUCAAGUGUCUGAAAUGCUUCCGGUUGUCCUUUAACACAGGACAGCUGCUAUCUAUGCACUACAACGACCACCACAGCAUAGACUUGAAGAGGGACUUUUUAGUAUCGUCUGAUCCUGAGGAUGAAGAGACUGAGUUCUACCAGUGUUCUCACUGUGAGUUUAAGUUUUUGGAUCUCCCUGCUCUGGCUACGCAUCUUCUCAGUCACAAUGAGGAGUUUGAAAGGCAGGCCUUGAGGUAUGAGAAGAGGAAGCAGCUUCUCAGCAAGCAGAAGAUCAGACAGCGUCCAGAGAAUAAACCUGAGAAGGAAAGCCUUACAAAUAACACCACCCCCAUAGGAUUCAGGUGCAACUUCUGUGCGGAGAUACACCAAACCCUCCGAGCGAUCUGCAACCACCUUAGGAAGCAUGUGCAGUAUGGAGAAGCCAAAGUGGGUCAUGUCAAGCAAGAAGUCAGUGAGGUCCUCUUGACCCCGUCUUCAAAGAGCCUGCCUAAUGGCGACCUAGAUGAGGUUGAGGCAGCUGAAGCCAAUGGAAUGGAGACCCCAGCAGCAGCUUCAGCAGCAGCGUCUGGUGAUGAUGGGAUGGAUGGCGUUGCAUUGGAGACUCUGGAUCCAGACACGGAUGCUGUUGAGGGAAGAUCGGCGGCCCUCGUGGCUGCAGCCAGAGCCGUGGUUUUAGAGGGCCAUCUGAAUCAGCGGUUAGCAGCGGGGGGCCACGCAUGUGCCCAGUGCGAUCGAGUCUUCAUGUCCAUGCAGGGGCUGAGAUCCCACGAGAGGAGCCACUCGGCCAUGGCUCUGUUCAGCCGCGAGGACAAAUACAGCUGCCAGUACUGCCAGUUCGUCUCACCCUUCAGACACAACUUGGACAGGCACGUGCAGUCCCACCACGGUCACCACAAGCCCUUUAAGUGCAAGCUCUGUCCCUUUAAAUCUGCUUACUUGAGUCGCUUGAAGAGCCACCUGCAUAAGGCUCACACAGGUGAGCAGCACACGUACAGGUGCUUGUCGUGCUCCUUCUCCACUAUGACCAUCAGCCAGCUGAAGGAGCAUUCUCUGAGGGACCAUGGUGAGGUGUUGACCCUCCCUAAACUACGAGCAGCAACCCAGGCUGCACAUGCUGCCAUCAGGCACCCUCGAGCGGCUCCUAACACUCAUCUGCACCCAGGUGAUCCGUCAUAUCUGGAGCCAGCAGAUGUUCGUCAGCAGCUCAGUCAAUACAAGUUGGCUUCUCGCUGUCAAAUGUCUUCCAUCUUGAAACCCGGUGGCUUGACAGGGUGUGACGGUCGACCAGAAGUCAUCCUCAUGUGUGAAUUUUGUGAAUUCAGCUCCGGAUACAUGCAGAGUCUGCGUCGGCACUACCGGGACCGCCACGGCGGCAAGAAGCUCUUCAAGUGCAAAGACUGCUCCUUUUUCACCUGCAACAAGAUUAACUUCUCAAUACACGUGGAGGAGGGUCACAACAGUAAUGCACCUGAGGAGAUCUCUAAUGACCUGCACUGCCCCCUGUGCCGCUACCACACCAAACAAACGAGCAACAUGAUUGACCACAUUGUUCUGCACAGAGAAGAGCGUGUGGCUCCGCUGGAGGUCAGCCGCUCCAAGCUGUCCCGCCACCUCGAGGGUCUGGUGUUCCGGUGCCACAAAUGCACCUUCACGUGCUCCAGCGACCACUCGCUGCAGCUUCACCUGCUGAAGCACGAUGAGAUCAAGCCCUACCAGUGCCAGCUCUGCUACUACGACAGCAACCGCCAGAGUCAGCUGGAGGACCACCUGCGCCUCGAGCACAAAGUUAUUCGUAACUUUGAUCUGAUGGGCCGGGUCAAUCUGGACCAGCUGGAGAUGAUGCAGGAGCAGGAGAGCAGCACAGAGGAAGAAGAGGACAGAGAAAUGAUGGAGAUGAUUGUGGAUGGACAAGCCACUCUCGAAGAGGAGGAGGAGGAGGAGGAGCUGGAGGAUGACGAUGAAGGGAUGGAAAUAAUUGAGAACUUGGAGGAUGACCAGGGAGUGAUGGAUGGUAAAGACACGGAGGAGGACUUCAAAGAAGAGGAGAAGGAGAUGGAAGAAGAACAGGAAGAGGAAGAAGAGAAGGGAGAGGAGGAGGAAGAGGAAGGAGAGGAGGCGGAGGAGGAAUUCAAGGAAGUGGGGACAGAAAAACCCAUCCAACAAGAAGUCCUUGCAUCUCCCAGCAGCACUGGCUCUGGGCCGAGUAGCACAGAGAAGCGUCUUCCCUGCGAGUUCUGUGGUCGCUGCUUUACCAACAGCCUGGAAUGGGAACGACACGUCCUUCGACACGGCAUGGUGGUCAACAACAGUCUCCUGGACACCAGCGCCUCUUCAGCAAUCGAGGGCUCCGCUUCAUCUUCCACGAGCUCGUCUGUGUUUGCAGACUCCAAACUGGACCUGGUCAGCGACGGCAAAGAGGAAGAAAGCCCCGCCGAUCUCUCUCUAAGUCAAAGCCAGUACGCAGAAGACAAAGAAAUGCUCUACGCCAAAAAGGAUCAGCAGUCUGGUUGAAGUGGCCGUGGGCCUCUCAGGGUGCUGUGCUACGAAACAUCAGUGCUGAGAGUGAUUGUAAAAAAAAAAAAAAAA